AUGGCGCACUACAAAGACCUUCGCCCACAGCCCUUCUCGAUCCGAAUCGAGCCAUCCAAAGGUUUUUCACACCCACUAUCUAGUCCCCCGCCAACUGUCACACCCCGGACAGAUCUCCCGGGUACCCCCUUUCCCUUCCUUUCGCUCCCCCGCGAAUUGCGUGAUUUGGUUUAUAGCCACACUUUCCACGGCCGCGGGAUCCGCUAUGGCGACCGCAUUAAAGCUCCCACGCGAUGGAGCCAGCGACGAACACUCCCGUCCCAUCUCAACCUACUCCUCACAAGCCGCCAAAUUCACACAGAAGCCCUAUCCACACUUUUUCGCACACAAACCGUCGAGAUUUCUCCACGCAAACUCCACCGGACGCGGAAACAAGCAAAUCAGCUCUCACUCUCGCACCUACUAUGCUCGUUCCCGCUCGCGCCCGCGCUUCUGAUGACGCACGUUCAGAUUGUGUACCACGAGCAUUCCAUCUACGCCCCCUCAAAAUAUAACACCUACCCUUUCCCACCGGCCUGCGACGCAGAACUCAUGAUCACCAUGUGGGAGCACAUAGUCCGCGAUGCGUGGACCUUGAAAGAACAUUUCCCCCGUUUGAUCAGAUUCGAGGCGUGUUCUCGCAUGUUGAGGCAGAAAAUGGGGUCUACAUUUUUCGCCGAACAGCACGAUUGUCAUACCCUUGAUGAGUCGGAGCGGCGCCAGAGAGUGAAUCAAGUAGCAGUAAGGCUGGUGGCGUGGCUGGAACGAGGACUAGGCGCGGCCGAACUUGCUCCUCCACCGUGGUUGAGGAUAGUUUUCAGCGAGGAAUCGCAGCCGAGCACCUCGCGUAUAACGUUCUGGAGAGCUCAGCCCGAGGUGCCUGACCAGUCGAAUGAAUCUUUUUUGCGGUUUCAGCACGAGGUGCUUGAGCACGCGCAUCAGUUACUUGCGAAGAAGAGAGCGUUGACGCAGGAGGAGAGAGAGGCGAGUGGGAGGAUAUGGUUGGAGCAUUGCAGUAUGAAGAGAAAGCGGGGACGGACGGGGUGGUGCGAAGAGGUUGAUACAGCGCAUCUUGAUCCCAAGAAUGACUAG